CAUUGACGAGAUUCAAGACAAUUCCAUGCUUUAAAUGGUUUUCGCGUGCAUUCAGGUUAAGUUUUCUUUAAUUUUGAUAGGUUUUCCUAAAUAGAUAUAUAUUGAAGAUUCUCAGAAACCGUAAUACUUAGAAUCACAUCUAGACUUAUCUUAGACAAUUAAUGAUUGCGAAUAAGCUCAAAAAAUAUCCGAAACGACAUGCUUCAGUCCCAUUUUUGCAUUUCACCAUAAAAGUAGUUCAACAGGAUCAAUUUACCAUCUGAGUAGAAACAUUCAAAAGCUUUAUGAACGUGCAUUAUUUAAUUUUCCAUAUAAAUCGGAAAAGUUAUAAUCGGUUUCAAGAGCAGCCGCCGAUUACCUUGAAACGGUUUUUACUUUCGUUCGUUCAGCCUUUUGGUGUUGGCCAAUAAGAAUAAAUCUGCAGCUGGUGAAGAGUCACGGCUUUAUGUAAUGGAUGGUGUCCGACCGAAAUCCGCAUUUUUAUGUUGCCCUCUGGGCGCGAAGAAGUUACGUUGUUAUCGUGCACCGAUUAAAAUAAAGAAAGCAGAAUUUUUAAGCAUUUUGAUACGAAAAAAUCUAUCCCACCCAGACACCCGGGUGCAUAUAAAAAUGUGAAAUUCGGAAAGUGUCAUCAGUCUUCUUCGAGAGCUUGAUCACAUUUUCUACAACUUUAUUGGGUGUGCAAUGAAGUCCUUAGCGUUUGUCCUUCUCCUAGCGCUUUCCACUGGUUGGGCCCACCCAGGCAACAAAGUAAAGCGUGGCUUUUUGCAUGGAGGGCCCAUUGCUUCUGGAAGCGUAGAAGUCGGUGGCGGACACUUAGAUAUUCCUUCAGUGCCUUCAUUGCCCUUAGAAAAUGAGAUCCACUCUAGCGGAGCGUCCGGGUUCUCUUCUUCUGGAUUUUCAGGGGUAGCAGGUGCAGGUGUAGGAGUAGGUGUAGGCGUAGGAGCUGGAGUAGGUGUAAGAUCGCUUUCUUCAGCCGGUUCCAUUGUUGGACAAUCACUAGGAUCAGGAGCGGUUUUGGCUGGAGGUGUCAGUGGCGGAGCUCCAGGGCCUCUAGGAGGUCCUGACCUACACUCCAAUGAAGCUCACUACCACUUGGGACACUCAGUUCAGCGUCACGUCUCCAUUCUGCACAGAAUUGGCGUGCCAGUUCCUCAACCGUACCAAGUGCAGGUGGAGAGGCGAGUUCCAGUUCAGGUUCCAACUCCAGUUGAUGUACCAGUAGACCGUCCCUACCCAGUGCACGUGCCGCGCCCGUAUGAGGUCAAAGUCUACAAAGAUGUGCCAGUUGAGGUCGACCAACCAAUCCAAGUGCCCGUUCAAGUACCAGUGCACAUCAACGUGCCUCACCCAGUGAAGGUGGUGCAGGAAGUGCCAGUUCCAGUACAUAUCAUCAAAAAUGUACCCGUCCCGGUCCCACACCCAAUCAUCGUGAAACAGAAGGUUCCUGUUGCAAUCCACGCCCACAUUGAACCCGUGGACAUUCACUCCCACCACUCCCACCACUCCUCACAUUACGAUGCUCAUCACGGGUGGUGAUUUUUGGGAUCUGCGAUUAAUCGACUGAUUCUCUUUGUUUUGUUGUCUAGUCCUUAGGUUAAGAAGUUGUUUGUUUCUGUUGAAUUUUAAUAAAUGUUCUAUAAAGUUUA